CUCGCGCGCGUCACUAAAUCACGUCGGUUGAUCUCCCUCCGCGCACACGCGCACAGGAGCGCGCGGCUGCACGUCCCAACGACACGCGCAAGCGCGCUGACGAGCACGCCGAGCCCGCGCCCCGCGUCGUUCCGCGAGUGCCAGCCAGCUGCGCACGCCGAGGAGCCAGCCAGCAUGAAGGAGCGCAACCUGAUCGAGACGGCCAAGAUGCAAGGCAACGUGCUGGAGUUGGUGGGCAGCAACCCACCGCAGAGGAACUGGAAGGGAAUAGCGAUCGCCCUCCUUGUCAUUCUGGUCAUCUGCUCGCUGAUCGUUACCUCUGUCAUCCUGUUGACACCAGGUGAAGAUGACCGUCUGGCUCUCAAGGCCAAAGUGACCGUCGAGGACCUUUUUAGAAAAGACUUCAGGGUCCACGACCCGAACGCUCGAUGGCUCAGCAAUAACGAGUUGCUGUACCGCGACCGUGACGGCAACGUGCUCCGCUUGGACGUGGACGACGACGACAAGACCAUCCUGGUGAAUCACAAGAAGUUUGAGAUGUACAAAGCCAGCAAGUACGAGGUGUCUCCAGACAUGAAGCACGUGCUCCUGGCUUACAACGUGGCACCGGUGUACCAGUACUCCUACACGGCCUUCUACAUCAUCUGCAGCCUGGAGACGCCGGAGACGUGGAACUUGAACCCGCCCGAGGUGCGCAACGCUCAGCUGCAGUACGCCGGCUGGGGGCCGCAGGGCCAGCAACUGAUCUUCAUUUUCGAGAACAACAUCUACUAUCGCUCCACGGUGGAGAGCCGCUCCAUCCGCCUGGUGUCCUCCGGCAAGGAGGGCGUCAUCUUCAACGGCCUCAGUGAUUGGCUGUAUGAAGAGGAGAUUUUCCGCUCCCACAUUGCCCAUUGGUGGUCCCCGGAUGGCGCUAGGUUGGCAUACGCAACCAUCAACGACACCUUGGUGCCCAAGAUGGAGCUGCCCAUGUUCACCGGCAUGCCCUACCCAACUGGGAAGGAGUACCACUAUCCCAAGGCAGGCGAGGAAAACCCAUUGAUCACUUUAUACGUGGUCAACCUGAACGGGCCGCUUCACACCAUCGAGAUGAGGAGACCGGAUGACCCCAGAUUGAGCGAGUUCUACGUGACCAUGGUGAAAUGGGCCACCACCACCAAACUGGCCGUCAACUGGCUGAACCGAGCCCAGAACAUCUCCGUACUGACGCUGUGUGAGGCCACAACGGGGGUCUGCACCAAGAAACACGAGGAUGAAAGUGAAGGAUGGCUUUACAGGCAGAACGAGAAGCCUCUGUUUUCCAAAGAUGGUCUUAAGCUGUUUUUCACAAGGGCCAUCCCGCAAGGCGGCCGCGGGAAAUUCUUCCACAUUUCCAUGUCCGUCUCGCAGACAAACACCAGCACAGACACUCUUCAGUCCAUCACGUCUGGAGACUGGGAUGUCACCGAGGUCCUGGCCUAUAACGAGGAAAGCCAACUCAUCUACUUCCUGAGUACAGAAGACGGCCCGAAGCGACGGCAUCUAUACAGCGCCGACACGUUCGGCUCGUUCAACCGCCGCUGCCUGUCGUGCGGCCUGUCCGCCAGUUGCGGCUACAUCGCCGGCUCCUUCUGCCACAACAUGAGUUACUUCCUGCUCCACUGCCAAGGGCCGGACGUGCCGUUCGUGUCCAUUUACAAGACGCAGACGGACGAAGAAGACGUCGAUGUUGAUGGCGAGAUGGGAGACGGAGAGAGUAUUGUGGAGGUCCACAAACUGGAGAGCAACGAGGUGCUGAGGCAGACGCUGGACAACAUGCAGAUGCCCAUCGUGGAGUACCAGGACAUCAGCGUCGAUGAUUACACUUUAUCGAUGCAGAUUCUCAAACCUGCAGGCUUUGUGGAGACGGCGCACUACCCUCUGAUGCUGCUCAUCGACAGCACCCCCGGCGGCCAGAGUGUGUCGGAGCGCUUCGCCGCAGACUGGGCCACGGUUCUGGUGAGCAGCUUCGGCGCGGUGGCGGUGCGCUGCGACGGCCGCGGGGGCGGCUUCCGGGGCACCAACCUGCUGCACCGCGUCCAGAAGAGACCCGGCGUCCUGGAGGAGCACGACCAGCGCGAGGCCAUCAACAUCAUUCUGAAGGAGCCGUACAUGGACAAGACCAGAGUGGGAGUCUUUGGAAAGGAGUACGGCGGUUACGUCACCAGCUUGUUGCUCAGCGGCGAACAAUCUCCGGCGAGAUGCGGCGCCGUCCUCUCGCCAAUCACAGACUUCGAAUUAUACGCUUCUGCUUUCUCCGAGCGCUACCUGGGCAUGCCGAAACCCGACCCCCGGGCGUACGCGAUGUCCAACUUGGCGCACCGAGCGGCUCAGUUCCUGGACAAGAAAUUCCUCAUCGUGCAUCCGACGGCGGACGAAAAGGUUCACUUCCAGCAUUCGGCCAAACUCAUCGCGCAGCUGAUCCACGAGAAGGCCAACUACACCUUGCAGAUCUACCCGGACGAGGGCCACUUCCUCCACAAUGAGGCCACCCGCCAGCACCUGAGCCAGUCGCUGGUCAACUUCUUCGAGGAGUGCUUCAGGCUGCCCGAGCGCCUCCCGGACGACGAGCCGGACGACGACGACGACGACGGCGAAGACGAGGGUUAGCCUGAGCUGGCUCGGCGCGCCCCCACUUUCCUCGCACGCCACCAAAAAAGCAAGUCAGCCCACCCCGGACCAAGCGCAACAUCUCCUCGGUAUACGCGACUAUCUCGUCGGCGCGCCGGACCGCAGACUGCCACCGCAGCAGCCGACGAUCUCCUCCAUCCCUCCAUCCGUCCCUCUCGUCAUUUUGUCCGUCCCCGGAGAGCCGGCUACCGCGCUCCGGAAUAAUCCCAUGGACGAGCUCCCACGCGGAUUUAACGCUCGCUGGUGAACUUGUAUUAUAAUUAAAAAUCAAACGCCUGCUUGGUAGCAUUGAUAAAACGGCGUUUUUUUGUUUUUGUUUUGUUUUAUUUUGUUUUGGGGUGGGGUGGGGACUACUACGUGGCUAUUUUCUAAAGUUGUGAUGAAUUUUUCAUGUGGGACUGUGCUUUUUUUUUUUUUUUUUUGUCGAUUGUUCUCAAUGUAUGUAAAAUAGCACACACAAACAAAUAUCCACAGGACUCUUAAAAGACGCAUUAAAUGUUCAUGUUUUUGCCGUGUAGUCGCUUCAUGUUAUGUUCUAUAAAUGGUUGGGAAAGAAUAUGAAUUUCCUUUUUUUUUUGUCACCUUACUGCCUUAUUUUGUCAGAAAGAAAACAUGACAAGUACAUUGUACACUCAAAUAUUCAAGCGUUAGCCUAGCAUGAAGACUGAAGCUAAACUCGUUAGCUGGACUUUUUGAAGGAAAUAUAGCCGUUAGCGCCUUUAACGCUAACAUGAAUGUUUAGAAAAGAACAAUGUUACAAAGUUGUAGAAGUGUGUUGACAGUAAAUGUACUUAAAAAUCAAGUUAGCAACAAAAUCCCCCUAUUAUUCAUUUUUGAAGAGAAGCUAAUGCUCUAAUGAGCUAGCACAUUUCCAAAAACUAUAUAUAUAUAUAUAUUUUUUUUUUUUAUCUGUACCAUAGAAGUUAUCCUGUGUGUGAUAAUAUUUCUGGAAUUGUUGAUUCAACAGCUAACAAUUUGAUGCUUGUAAAGCUAUUUUUUCAACUGUGUAAAUGAACUAGCCACUAUUGUGACAUGAGCACAAGGCUAACAUGUACAGAGUCUGCAUGGUUUGUUGUUUUCAAAUGGCUGAGUUUAUAUUUGAAACAAACGCAGCAGUGCUUACAAUAUUAAUAAUUAUAUUGUUGAUAAAUGCUGUGUGAUCUCCACAAAUGUUCAAACAUAUCCAAGGGUCAAGGCAAGGAGCCAUUUAUGUGGAAUUUGUGGGCUCAACGCUAACAUUACAUUCUGAGGUUUCCAUGUCCCCCUUUUUGUUUUACUGCACAUCAAUAAGUUAAUAAUUCCACAUGCUGUUUGACAUUUUGAAUGUUGCUCCAUGGAAAACAUCAAUUACAUCUCUUUGCCAUGUAAACGUAAUUCAAUGAAAGACCGUAUUUUAUUAUUGAUUCAUGUAUGUUGGUCCCUGGAUUAAAUGAAAAUGUAAUAACAAGGCCACAAGACCAAUUUUUUUAUUUUAUUUUAUUUUUUUAAACUGUUGUCCAAAGCGAAGAGAGCGGUGGCAUGAAGGUAAACGUUCAAAAGACUCAAAUAAAUACGUCAAGGUUUG